AUGGAGAGUGCCACCAUCAGCCCUCAGUCUCCACAGUCUGAUGCCCUGAAAGCCUUUCCUCAGAAGAGCAUGGAGCCUGCAGACAUUGCUGUCCUGGUUCUGUACUUCCUCUUUGUUCUGGCUGUUGGAUUAUGGUCCACAGUGAGGACCAAACGGGACACAGUGAAAGGCUACUUCCUGGCUGGAGGAAACAUGGUGUGGUGGCCAGUGGGUGCAUCCUUGUUUGCCAGCAACGUUGGAAGUGGACACUUCAUUGGCCUAGCAGGGUCUGGUGCUGCUGUGGCAUUUUCUGUCGCUGCCUAUGAACUUAAUGGCUUGUUUUCUGUGCUGAUGCUGGCCUGGAUCUUCCUUCCCAUCUACAUAGCUGGCCAGGUUACCACGAUGCCAGAAUACCUAAGGCGACGCUUUGGAGGCAGCAGGAUCUCCAUCACCCUGGCUGUGCUCUACCUGUUCAUCUACAUCUUCACCAAGAUCUCGGUGGACAUGUAUGCAGGGGCCAUCUUCAUUCAGCAGUCCUUGAACCUGGAUCUGUACCUGGCCAUAGUAGGGCUGCUGGCAAUCACAGCUCUGUACACUGUUGCAGGAGGUCUGGCUGCUGUCAUCUACACAGAUGCUCUGCAGACUGGGAUCAUGCUGAUAGGAGCGUUCAUCCUGAUGGGCUACAGUUUUGCAGCCGUCGGAGGGAUGGAAGGCCUGAAGGACCAGUACUUCUUAGCCCUGGCUAGUAACCGGAGUGAGAACAGCAGCUGUGGGCUACCCCGGGAAGAUGCCUUCCACAUCUUCCGAGAUCCAUUGACCUCUGAUCUCCCCUGGCCUGGGAUCCUGUUUGGAAUGUCCAUCCCAUCUCUCUGGUACUGGUGUACAGAUCAGGUGAUUGUUCAGCGGAGUCUGGCUGCCAAGAACCUGUCUCAUGCCAAAGGCGGCUCCCUGAUGGCUGCAUACCUGAAAGUGCUUCCUCUUUUCCUAAUGGUGUUCCCUGGUAUGGUCAGCAGAGUCCUCUUUCCAGAUCAAGUAGCCUGUGCACAUCCCGACAUCUGCCAGCGGGUCUGUAGCAACCCCUCUGGCUGUUCAGACAUCGCAUAUCCCAAACUUGUGCUGGAACUUUUGCCCACAGGACUCCGUGGGCUCAUGAUGGCUGUGAUGGUGGCUGCUCUCAUGUCCUCCCUCACCUCCAUCUUUAACAGUGCCAGCACCAUCUUCACCAUGGACCUGUGGAACCACAUCCGGCCACGGGCAUCUGAAAGGGAGCUCAUGAUUGUGGGCAGGAUAUUUGUGUUAGCACUGGUGUUGGUCUCCAUCCUCUGGAUCCCCGUUGUGCAGGCCAGUCAGGGAGGUCAACUUUUCAUCUACAUUCAGUCCAUCAGCUCUUAUCUGCAGCCGCCUGUAGCCAUGGUCUUUAUUAUGGGAUGUUUCUGGAAGCGUACUAAUGAAAAGGGUGCCUUCUCAGGCCUGAUCUUGGGCUUGCUGCUAGGAUUGGUCAGGCUGAUCCUGGACUUUGUCUACGUGCAGCCUCCGUGUGACCAGCCUGAUGACCGCCCAGCUGUGGUGAAGAAUGUCCACUACCUCUACUUCUCCAUGGUUCUGUCAUCUACCACCCUUGUCACUGUGUUCAUUGUGAGCUGGUUCACAGAGACACCCUCCAAAGAGAUGGUCAGCCGUCUGACUUGGUUUACUCGUCAUGAGCCUGUGGUCCAGAAGGACUCAGUGCCACCAGAAAAUCCACUGUCUCUAACCCUUUCUCAGAAUGGGACCACAGAGGCCACUGGCACCAGCAUCCAGUUGGAGACAGUUCAAGAAAAUAUGACCAAAGCCCAUAGUGAUGGUGUGUCUCCCAAACAGUCGAAGGUGGUGAAGGCUAUCCUGUGGCUCUGUGGGAUGGAAAAGAACAAAGAGGAGCCCCCAAGCAAAGUGGAACCUGUGAUAGCUUCCUUGGAGGAAAAUCCCUUGGUGAAAACCCUGCUCGAUGUCAACUGCAUUGUGUGCAUCAGUUGCGCCAUCUUCCUUUGGGGAUACUUUGCGUAA